AUGUCCUUCAUCCCGCGCAAGUCCGGCGUGGAGAGCCACGUCCACGUCCACUCCGCGCCCCUCCAGCAGACGGUGCUCCUCAAUGCCUUCUUGCGCGACAACCUCGCGGGCCGCGCCGCUCACUUCGGCGCCGCGUUCCAGUCCAUCGUCCAGGGCAGCCUGCGGAUCGGCGAGUACUGCAGGAGCCUCAAGGCGCUCGCGGACGAGCUCGACGACCUCGACGAGCACGUCUCCGACAAGACGUUGACCCUGCAGCUCAUCCGCGGGCUCUCUCCGCGGUUCCAGGUGAUGGCGUUGCUGCUCCCGAUGCAUGUCCCGUUUCCCAACUUUGUUCAGGCCGGCUCCAGGCUGAUGCUGGAGGAGAUCAACCUGGACGCGCGUGCCCGCACGGCGGGGACCACCGCCCUCAUCGCCACCACCGGUGGCUCCUCCUCGAGCGCUGGCGGCUUGGGCGGUGACAGCGGCCAGUAG